CCUCCCCCUGCUCAAUCUGCGCAUGGUGCUCUGCCUCUGGGAACCGCUCAUGCAGGCUUCGGGACUUGGGAGUCAGCUAGGGGCCUAGGGAGGAAAGGUUAGGUAGCUCCAUCUUGCUCGUGACGUCCGCAAGGGGCGCUGAUUGGGCAUUUGGACCUGCCAGCCAGAGACUCUGUUGGUGAACGGCCUUGUAAGAGAAGUAUGUAUGUAUGUAUGUUUUGUGAGUUUUGAGACGUGCACUUUUGAGGCUAAAUUCCAAUGAUAGAGUGAGCUCUGCGUCAACAAGAGCCGCAGAGGGGCUCUUUUCUAUGAGCUGCCCGUGCCCGAAGACUGAAGACCUGGACUCGGACCUUGAAGAUGGGCUUAGAGACCAGUGAAAACCUUUUCAAGUAGUCACUGCUGGACUGGCGCGUGUUUGCAUCGCUAGAGCACUAUUCUUCAUGAUAUAGUCAGUUUCUGCUGGUUGAAAGGAGGCUGGACCCCAUUGGCAUCAUUAGCGGCGGAUGCCCACCCCUUGUGCGCACCAAGCACCCUCCUGAGCAAGCACGACAACAUGGGGCAAUAGGGGCCUAAACUGGGGCACUUACAGCAGUGAAAGAUGAUGGGUUGCCGAACAAAGUGCUGUGCGGUCUUCGGCCUUUUGUUUCUGGCCGUUGCUGUUGCGGGUCUGGUCAGUGGUAUUCUCUACCUGACAGCUCAAAAUGACUGGGACAAACAGUUUGAGCUCAAUUGCGAGAGCAGGGCUCAGGUCAUUGAAGGCCUCUUCAACAGCAGCUAAUUCUCGACCGGGGUCUUCGCGGGCUUCAUGCAAACUGUAAAACCGGAGCGACUUCAAUUCACGUCCUUUGCAAAUGUUACAUCCUGGACUCGCCGUUACAGCCCCACCAUUUACGCGGUGUUGCACGUAUUAGGCCCAGACAGGGCUGCAUUCGAAGCAGCACAUGGCUUCCCCAUCAUGGAGACCUUACCGAACGGGAGCGUGCAAGUGUCCGGUCCGAAGGCAGAUUAUGCGCCAGUGGAGUUCUUUGCCGCUGCAGAUCCACAUCCCAGCCUAACCAAUGCCGGCUGGUAUGGGUACGACGUGUAUUCGGGCGUGCUGGCUUCGUACGCUCUCCUCGCUCGCGACAGCGGCCUGCCCCAGGCGUCUGCCAGCUCCAACUACUUUGGCGCCCUGGGCUUCAUGCUCUAUUACCCCGUCUACUCCGACCUUGACGAGGAGCAGGCCCAGCUCGCCUCACUGCAGGUCCGCCAGGCCAACUUGUACGGCUACCUGAUGGCCUACUUCAACGUGAGCUACAUCUGCCAGGACGCUGCCUCCCAGUUCCCCGACAACAGCCUCGACCUGCGCCUCUACGACGCCACCGUCGACCCGCUGCUCGUCAAGUACACAGCUACAAGGGGGCCCCCCCAGCGCGUGCUCUGCGACUCGAGCUUCGACGUAAGCCCCCUCCCCCCCAACAGCACCAUUCUCACGGACCACUGGCGCUCCGACGCGGAGAUCCCCUUUAGCUUCGGGCAGCGCCAGUUCCAGAUCCGCUGCCGCAAGCCGGCCAUGCCCUACAUCCACGGCCUCAGAGCAGGCUGGAGCUGGCUGCUGUUCUCGCUGGUGGCCAUCUUGCUGGUGGUCAUCGCGGGCCUGCUCCUGCUGGCCAUGAAGGGCUUCAAGAAGGAGCGCGACCAGCUGGCGGAGCUGAACGUGAACAUGGCGGCCGCCAAGGAGGCAGCGGAGGCGGCGGAUGCGGCCAAGUCGAGCUUCAUCGCGACGGUGUCGCACGAGAUCCGCACGCCCAUGAACGGCAUCCUCGGCAUGAUUGGCCUCAUGGCCGAGACUGACCUGGACAUGCAGCAGAAGGAGUACGUGCGCACCGCCAGAACCAGCGGGGACGCGCUGGUCGCCCUCAUUAACGACGUCCUGGACCUGAGCAAGAUCGAGGCGGGCCACAUGGAGAUCGAGCACAUUGCGUUUGCGGUGCGCCCGCUGGUGGAGACGGUGGUGAACCUGUUCGUGGACAAGGCGCGCGACAAGGGCCUCCAGCUGGCGGCGCUCGUGCAGGACGCCGUGCCCGCCACGCUCGUCGGUGACCCCGUGCGCGUGCGCCAGAUCCUGAUCAACCUCGUCAGCAACGCGCUCAAGUUCACCAAGAGCGGCCACGUCAUGAUCACGGUCCAGAUCCGCAAUCCGCGGCCCCUGACCGGCAAGCCCUCCGGCCAAGUUGCCAUCGACAUGGACGGCCGCGAGAGCCCCCCGCGCAGCGCCCGCGAGCAGGGGGCCCCCCCUGCCGGCCUCCUACGGGUGCUCAAGCGGCGCCGACGGCUGGCGCCCAACGGAGGGCCGCUGCAUGUGGAGCCGGAGGAGGUGGCACGGCGCCCGGCCAUGGAGGACGGCUUCGUCAAGGUGGCGCCCACCGAGGUCGUCUGGCUCGAGGACGCUGCGCUGGAGCAGCUGGAGGUGGCGGGCACGGUGCACCUGAGCCUGGCCCCCGCCAGCCCCGCCUGCUCCGUGCACCAGGUGGCCCGCUUCCAGCACGCCGGCUGGCGCGCACGAGACCUCGCAGCCGAGACCGGGGAGAUGCACAUCGCGUUCACAGUGGAGGACACGGGCAUCGGCAUGCCGGCGGACGCCCGGGACCGCCUCUUCCGCCCCUUCUGCCAGGUGGACAGCAGCACCAGCAGGAACUUCGGCGGGACGGGCAUCGGGCUGAACAUCUCGCACCGGUUGGCCAAGUUGAUGCACGGUGGCAUGGCAGUGGCCAGCCAGGUGGAGCGGGGCAGCCUCUUCCAGUUCCACGUCCGCCUCGACCCCCCAACGUCGCCCAAAGCGGGCAGCCCCGUCGCAGAGCCGCUGCCAAUCCCUGACAAGCCGUCGCCAUUUGCCGGCCUGCGCGCCCUGGUCGUCGACCGCAAUCCGGUACGUGCUGAGGUCGCAGCCAGCUACCUGCGCCAGCUCCGAGUUUCCCCACGCACCAGCCACCCCGCCUCCCUCUCUCUCAGCGGCUCAUCCUCCUCCGAGGCUUCCACGUCAGGCGGCUCCGGUAGCAGCUUCAGCGACGGCAGUCCCAGCCUGGGCAGUGUGCGGAGGGGAUUGUCGGGCGAGUUGUUGAAGCUCGCUCCGCGUACCUUGGACGGUCCCCUUGCGGGGCUGCAGCACACGGAGGAGCCGCCGGGCCCCCCCAGCGUGGUGGUGGCGCACCUGGAGGGCCCCGAUCUGGAUGUGCUCCCUGUGUUGACCACCCAGUUGCGGGGCCUAGGAAGGGGGCGGGAGCCCGCACUGGUGGCCGUGGUGGGGCAGCCCGCGGACGGCGCCGCAGCGGAGCGCCUGGGGUGGGCGGCCGUCAUGGAAGGGCCGCUGCGGGAGCAGGCCCUCCGGCUGGCGCUGCUCAGGAUCGUGCAGGGGGCGGACGCGGCAGAGCCGGGCCCUGUGACACCCCCGGGGGACCCCACCCCGCAGCCCAGCCUGCGCGGGGCCCCUGCGAGCAGCGCGGAGGGGGCGUCGCCGCGCACGCCACUGGACGCGGGCAUGCCGGGGCGCGCGCUGGAGGGGCUGGCCGUGCUGGUGGUGGACGACAGCCCCAUCAACCGCAAGGUGGCCUCCCGCAUGCUCGAGAGCAUGCGCGCCACCGCCGUGUGCGCCGAUAGCGGGCAGGCCGCCAUCGACGCGUUCCAGCGGCACCUCGCGGGGGAGGGGCCGCCCUUCGACGCCAUCCUGAUGGACGUGCAGAUGCCCGGCAUGGACGGGUACACUGCCACGUCGCGCAUCCGCGAGGUGGAGGCCCGCUGCCUGGCGGAGCUCGCCGCGCCCGAGGCCUCCACCUGUGAAACCAGCGGCAGGAGCGCGCCGGGGGGCCCACGCGGGGUGCUGCUGCAAUGGAAGACGCGGCUGGCCAACAAGGUCGCCACUGCAGCGGCAGGCGGUGCCUCGGGCCUCGGUCUCGCCCCGCUGGAGCUGCCGCGGAUGCCCAUCAUCGCCCUCACAGCCGACGUUAUGAAGGGCACGCGCGAGAAGUGCAUGGCCGCCGGCAUGGACGACUACCUGGCAAAGCCGUUGGACAAGCAGAAGUUGGGCCAGGUGUUGCAGCACUGGCACACCAGCUAGAUACUGAAAGCCAUGGACUGGCGUCCGCUACUCCGUUUGAGGAGUAGGUUGCAUCCGCAAUCAGUAAUACGCAGCAAUUUCCGCAUGCAAAGGAAGGACGUUCUGAAGCCCUGCACGCAACAUUCCGAGUUGUAGAACGAUCACGCGAACUAGCAAAGGGACAGUUGAAAAACUACACGCUUGAAAGGACUCGAUCGUGAUCACUAGGGUAAGAUGAUCUUGACUGCCAUCAUACGUAGGCACGUGCGGCUUUCUAUCUUUGACCGAAAGUAGUUGCAAGCCAACCUUUUGUCGAUGCUAGCAAUGAUCGCCUGGCUUGCCUAACAAUAACGAUGCUUGCGUAAGUCAAAAGGAUCUGAAAGCGGGUGACGGACACAUACAUGCAUAGAGACAUUAGGAGUUGAGGUCAGAGUCACCUAGCCAGGCCAGGAGGUGGCGUCAAGACCUGUUACUGUAGUAUUCAUGUAUCAACCAUCAUCAGUUUGCAAUGCAUUUGCUCGAUUCUACGGGCUGGUGUUGG